AUGGCCAGUACAAGUAAUGUGACUGAAUUUAUUUUCAAUGGCCUUUUCCAGGAUCCUGAGGUACAGAGAGCAUGCUUCGUGGUGUUUCUUCCUGUGUACCUGGCCACGGUGGUGGGCAAUGGCCUCAUCGUCCUGACAGUUAGUGUCAGUAAGAACCUUCGUUCUCCCAUGUACUUCUUCCUUGGCUACCUGUCCUUGGUGGAGAUCAGCUACUCCUCUAUUAUCGUCCCGAAAUUCCUCACUGAUUUACUCACCAAGAUCAAAACCAUCUCCCUGCAGGGCUGUCUAGCCCAAAUAUUCUUCUUCCAUUUCUUUGGGGUCACCGAGAUCCUCUUGCUCACAGUGAUGGCCUAUGACCGCUAUGUGGCCAUCUGCAGACCCCUGUACUAUACAGUCAUUAUGAGCCGGCCUGUGUGUCACCUUCUGGUGUCUGGUUCCUGGCUGGGGGGCAUCAUUCACUCUAUGGUUCAGAUCCUUGUUGCUGUCCAGUUGCCCUUCUGUGGUCCCAAUGUGAUUGACCACUACUUCUGUGACCUCCAUCCCUUAUUCAAGAUCGCCUGCACUGACACCUUUGUAGAAGGAGCGAUUAUAUUGGUCAAUAGUGGGUUAUUCUCUGUCUUCUCCUUCCUCUUCUUGUUGUCUUCCUAUGUUGUCAUCCUGUUCAACUUGAGGAAGCAUUCCGCAGAGGGCAGGCGCAAAGCCCUCUCCACCUGUGCCUCUCACAUCACCGUGGUCGUCCUGUUCUUUGGACCUGCCAUCUUCCUCUACAUGCGGCCCUCCUCCUCCUUCACUGAGGACAAACUGGUGGCUGUGUUCUACACGGUCAUCACCCCCAUGCUGAACCCCAUCAUCUACACACUCAGAAAUGCAGAGGUCAAAACUGCUGUGAGGAGGUUGUGUGGCAAAACGGAGCAUGCAGGGGUGGAGUGA